UGGGCGCCCGAAGUUCGGGCGCCGAGCCAUGCGCCGGGCCAGCCGAGACUACGGCAAGUACCUGCGCGGUUCGGAGGAGAUGGGCAGUGGCCCCGGAGCCCCGCACGAGGGCCCGCUGCACCCCAUGCCUUCAGCACCGGCCCCUCCGCCGUCCCCCGCAGCCUCCCGCACCAUGUUCCUGGCCCUCCUGGGGCUGGGGCUGGGCCAGGUGGUCUGCAGCAUCGCUCUGUUCCUGUACUUUCGAGCGCAGAUGGAUCCUAACAGGAUAUCAGAAGACAGCACUCACUGCAUUUAUAGAAUUCUGAGACUCCAUGAAAACACAGGUUUACAGGACGCGGCGAUGGAGAGUGAAGACACAGAGGCCCUCCCGGACUCCUGCAGGAGGAUGAAACAGGCCUUUCAAGGGGCCGUGCAAAAGGAAUUACAACAUAUUGUCGGGCCACAACGCUUCACAGGAGUCCCAGCUACGAUGGAGGGCUCAUGGUCCGAGCUGACCCAGAGGGGCAAGUCGGAGCCUCAUCAGCCUUUUGCUCAUCUCACUAUUAAUGCUGCCAACAUCCCGUCGGGUUCCCAUAAAGUCAGUUUGUCCUCUUGGUACUACGAUCGGGGCUGGGCCAAGAUCUCUAACAUGACUUUAAGCAAUGGAAAACUGAGGGUUAACCAAGAUGGCUUCUAUUACCUGUACGCCAACGUUUGCUUUCGGCACCAUGAAACGUCGGGAGACCUAGCUACGGAGUAUCUUCAGCUGAUGGUAUAUGUCGUUAAAACCAGCAUCAAAAUCCCAAGUUCUCAUAACCUGAUGAAAGGAGGAAGCACCAAAUACUGGUCAGGAAGUUCCGAGUUCCACUUCUAUUCCAUAAAUGUUGGAGGGUUUUUCAAGCUACGAGCUGGUGAAGAAAUCAGCGUCCAGGUGUCCAACCCUUCCCUGCUAGACCCGGAUCAAGAUGCAACAUACUUUGGGGCUUUCAAAGUUCAAGACAUAGACUGAAACUUGUUUUGUGGUGCAUUAGCAUGUAUAUCCGAGAUGUCUGGAAGCUUUCUAGAAAAAAAAAAAAAUGGAAGAUGUAAAUAGGUGUGUAAGACUACU